UGUCGCGUUCAACAAUAGCCUAUACUAAUCACAAGGCGUUGUGUCCAGAUGUCGCCUAUGACUCUAUCAUACAGUUUUGAGGCGUCUUGAAAUCAAGAAGUCGACUGAUUCUUACAAAUCAGAACGAGACAUGCUGCGCCAGCCUGGCAGUGGUAUAGUCAUGGAGCUGAACAAAAGGUAUAAAAGCGACCUCUUGCUGUCCAGAACUCGUCCAGCCCACAAGGGCACAUUCAUCACCCUAUUCGCACAGUAACAAACGGCACAAUGCCGUCAAGCCCAAUCGAGAAGGUCACUGUCGUUGGCGGAUCCGGCCUGACAGGCGCUGAAAUCGUCCGACAUCUUCUUCGAGCAAACUUCGACGUCUCAGUCCUCAGUCGUGCAUCUUCCAAUGCCCAAAUUCCCAAUGGUGCAAAGGUCAUCAAGACCGACUACACCCACGACUCCCUUGUGGCCGCUCUCAAAGGCCAAGACGCCGUGGUUUCAGCCAUGGCAACCUUCCACCUGGAACAACAAUUCCCCAUCAUCGACGCUGCCGCUGAAGCCGGAGUCCGCCGAUUCAUCCCGUCUGAAUACGGCGUCGACACCUCCGACCCAUCCGUUACCAACCUAGUCCCAUUGACGGGCCUCAAAAGAGAUGCUGUCGAGCGCCUGAAGGCCAAAGAAUCCACGGGGAUGUCUUGGACAGGCCUCAUAGUCGGUGCAUUCUUCGACUCGAUACUUGACAUGCCCGGUAUUUUGGGCGUGAAUAUGGCAGAAAAGACCUUGACAGUCUUCGACGGCGGAGACAUUACCUUUGAAGCGACAAAUCUCGCGCAGAUAGGUCGUGCUGUCACAGCCGUCUUGUCGGCCGAACAUGUGGAAGAGACGGCUAACCAGUACAUCUAUAUCAACAGCUUUACCAUCAGUCAGAAUCAAAUGCUCAAGACUUUCCAAAACCUAACCGGAAACGCCUUUCAAGUUACACAUGCGAAGAAACAGGAGGCUCAAACCGUCGCCGAUGAGAAGAUACGUGGCGGUCCCAGCGACGAAGAGGCAUGGAGACGAGGGAAUUACGAAGCCAUUGUGCUGUUGAUGUUGAACAAUGGCGGGUUCUGUGAGUUCUCAAAGACCAAAGGCUUGUGGAACGAUAGGUUGGGUCUUCCUCUGGAGGACGCUGAAGAGACUAUCCGAAGUUAUCUGGCGUCAAAGGGGCUCGUCAAAUAGGCGGAGGCGACAAUCGGAUGGGCGUGGACUUGAUAAUCCAACCAGACAUUGUUCUGGAUGACUCAGAAACUCGCCUGCCCAACAUCAAAUAGUACAUGUAUCUUACAGCCAGAUGCUUUCAAGUAAAUUGAGUAAGAAAGAAA